AUGCGGGAACUAGAUCCCCUCAUCUCGGAAUAUCGCCAUGAAAAAAAGCGUCCUAGGGAGGACGAGGCGCUCUUGAUCCUGCGCAAAGUUGCGUCUUUAGUCAAACCGAUCAUGCGACAGCGCGCCUGGAGAGUUGGUGCUUUAUGCGAGUUCUACCCACAACAACGAAACCUGUUGGGACUGAAUGUAAAUUCGGGCCAAAAGAUUUGCCUGAGAUUACGGUAUCCGUCUGACCAGCGACAAUUUCUCCCCAUAGAAGAUGUUGUCGACACAAUGUUACAUGAGCUGUGCCACAAUGUUAUUGGUCCCCACAACCAGCAAUUUCAUGCGCUGUGGAAUCAACUGCGCGACGAGCAUGAGGAGCUAGCCCGGAAAGGCUACACUGGAGAAGGUUUCCUAUCUCAAGGCAAGCGUCUUGGGGGCCGGAGAAUUCCAGUGGACGAAGCUCGGCGUCAGGCGCGUGCCGCUGCGGAGCAACGAAGAACCCUUGCCAAAAACUCUGGCCAAAAGCUAGGUGGAACACGCCAUCUUCGAGGAACGGAUAUCCGCAAGCUUCGGGCCGACGCUGCCCAGCGCCGUCUCGAAGUUACCCAAGGCUGCGCUUCUGGUGCGAAUAACAGCGACGAGCUUGCGGAAGAGGCCUCCCGUAAUGGAUUCAGAACUCAGGCCGAAGAAGACGAUGCGAACGAACGGGCUAUCAUGGAGGCAUUCAUUGAGCUGAUUCAGGAAGAAGAGCGUGAGAAGUAUGAAUCAUCAUAUGUUCCACCGAGCCAGGAGCAUCCAGCUGGACCAAGAACAGAAUCAUCGCCUCCCCCUGGACCGUCAGCUGCUCCACCAGCCACAUCCAAACCCCUACCCUUACUAUCAAAGGCGACAAAAGAGACCAAUACAUUUUCACCGACUGAGACUGUCGAUCUAACUGCCGAUAACAGCUCAUAUGAUAAAGCCUGGAUCUGCCCAACGUGCACUCUUGAAAACCAAUCUACCUUCCUAUGCUGUGAUGCUUGUGCAGGAGAGCGACCUCCUCCAACCAACACGAAGCCCACGACAGCUCCAAUCCCCAGAAACGCCUCCACUCAGAGAAAAUCAUCUGGCUCCCUCAAUCCAAAGAAACGGCCACUACCUAGUGAUCAAAAGGAAGAAACGGAAACGAACGCCAAGAAUGCAUUUGCUUUCAAGAAUCGCACCCGACCGCUGGAUAGUAUCAAGGCUUUGGAUACUGGAGCUGAAAAGAAGCCCCUCGGAUGGCUGUGCAUAUCUUGUGGCAGCUUCAUGGAAAGCCAAUGGUGGACAUGCUCUUGCUGUGGAACGAUGAAGCCGUCUUCGUGA